AAGAAUUUAAUACAGCCUAACAAGGCAUAAAAAGGGACACAGCAAAUUGAAUUGCAAAACAGUUGCCUAUCGAUCAGGAACAAAUCAACAACAACAAUUGCUUUACACCAUAGAUGAGCAAAACUGUUCAAAAACAUACGUUAGCGGCAUUAUUCUCUUUUUCUCACUCUCUCUACGUCAAAGAUUUGUUGAUUGUGAAUAGUUACACUCAUACACUUUUUCUCGAUUUAUUUUGUUUGCACAUCAUUGCUUUACAUACGCGAAACAUGAAGAAAUUUCUUAUAGUAGCAUUUAUUAUAAAGCUUGCUUUUGCUGAUGCAGUUGCCGACAUUGAACAUACCCCUCGAUAUCAGUUGUACGAAAGUGUUAUCGAUAAAUAUCUAAACAUAAUUUGGUCGCCAGAAAUCUACCAAAAAGCAGAGGAAUAUAUAAACACACUAAAAAAAUGGUCACAAUCUGAUGAACGUCUUCAAACGACACCAAUCUACAAUGAACUACAGGAAGAAAUUGAAAAAUGUCUGCAACUAUUGGAGGCUUUAAAAAAAGGUCAAAUCAACAGCUGUCAAAAACAAAUUGCAUUAACAAAAAGUCACUCUAAUAUUGGAGCACUAUUGGUUUCAAUCAAAGAUGAAACGCUACGCAAUGAUUGUGUGGGAAAAUUAUUUGAUUUUGCGAGACCAUUGCGUUCGUUCAAAGCGCAGCGUAAAGAAGAUUUUUACAAAUUUUUAUUGCAAUCUAUGGAAAAGUAUUUAAAUGAAAAUGACUCAACGGUGGAGUCUGAAGAUGUGGUCGAGUGGUACAGAAAGUUUUCUGAGCAACAGAACCUAUUUCUUGUAGUUAAAUUUAUUUAUCUAUUUCCGAACGAGAGAGUCCAUUAUGUGGAGAAGAGGAAAUGUCAAAUUCAAAUUGUAAAUGGAUUUUAAUGAUUAUAUUAUAAAUAUGUACUUGUCAUCAUGGUAAAAUAAAGAAGGAUAUGUCAUUUUAUAUCAGAA